AUGGUAAGACAAAAUUUUGUAGAAGGACAGGCUGUAACGGUUAGAAGGAGUAAGAGAAUAGCUGGAAGGAGAAGGAGUGAAAUUGCAGAGUCAUCCAGGAUGGGUGAAAGAAAUAAUCAAGAACAUCAAGUCCAUCAUCCGAUUCAACGAGAGCUUGAACCUCAAGAAAAUCAAGUUCGUCAUCCGAUUCAACGAGCGCCUGUACAAGAUAACGCUAUUGAUUACGAUAGAGUGAGUGUUCAUACUUUGCAAACAGAUUCAACAGAAGAGAAUGAACAAAGAACUGGACAGGGGGGACUCGUAGAAGGAACUAAUGAAGAUAUGACAAUCGAAGAGUUUCGACAGAGGUUGGUUGCAGAAAGAAGGCGAGAGAACGAAGAGCGUGCGAAUUUGAUGCAUCAGAAUAAGGAGUUAAGAGAACAAAAUAUAAGAUUACAGGAGCAGAAAUCGAGAAAGAAUAUUCGAGAAGAUGAUGAUUUACAAUAUCGACGCGAUGAAUAUCGCAUAGAGAAACCCCCAAUAGAUGAUCGAUAUGUGUUGCAUGAUGAAAAUCAACAAGGAGAGCGAUAUCAAGGUGAACAGAAUGAUCCAGAGCAAGGAAGAAUGAUACUAAAAGGUAGGCAAAUGUUAAGAGACCAACGCGAACGCGAAGCUGAGGUCGAAAGGAAUAUGGCUGUACAAAAUCACGCACAUGAUGAGCGAGAAAGACGCAGGAGAAUAAGGCAAGAAAUUGAAGAACAAGAAUUGCAGGAUGUUGUGCGCGAAAACAACCAUGACAAUCGAUUGAGAAGACGCGAGUUUAACCUCAUACUUCCAAAUUAG